CACUCUUCUGAAUGAACCUGGAAGUCCAACUUUACAACCCAAAUCAUCAAACUUCAAGAGUACAUUAAAUCAGAUCGAGGGCAUUAUGGUAUACAACUUCCAAGAUACUGAUUUAAUAAAACCAGUCAGUUUCCUUCAGGCCCUUACUUCAUUGACAGUCUUCACAACAGCCAGCACUCUGACAACCAGUACAACUUCUCCACCAACAUUGUUGGGAAAAGUUUAUAUAAAUAUUAAAUUGGUGUUUAUCACAUUGGGCCAAAUACCAAGUGAAGCCAGCAUUCUACAGUUGGCCAAAUCUUUGAUUAGCCCACGUUACAGCACUAAAGAAUUCUCAACACGAACCCAGGACGCGAGCCUUUUGAAUGUCACCUAUACAAGAAUUAAUGAUACAUCCUAUGCUCUCACAUUUGGAUUUGAAAUCAGCAAUAUAUCCAUGUCUGAGAAAAUUGAACUAAGGAAUGAAACUUACACUUCAAUCAAAAGCACUAUAAAUGGAUUACUUAACGAAAUCCUAAAAGACCCCUCAGCUUCUCAGUUUGAUCUCCAUCAUGUUGAAUUCAAGGAUAAUAGCACAGUGAUUCUUGCCAGUGUUCAGUAUGUUUUCUCAGAAAGUGACUUGAACACAAAUAGCACCUUUGUCAAGGAAAUAUUCAAAGCGAAUGAAGGUAUUACCACAUCCACACCUGCUAUGUCACACUUUAUAUGUCUUGCAAAAUAA